AUGGCACCGAAGAUCGCUAUCGUAUAUUACUCCAUGUACGGCCACAUCAAGCAGCUGGCCGAGGCAGAGAAGCGAGGCAUUGAGAAGGCGGGUGGCACGGCCGACUUGUACCAGAUUCCAGAGACUCUCAGCGAUGAGGUUUUGGGUAAAAUGCAUGCGGCUCCUAAGGCGACCGAUGUGCCGGUUCUCAACGAUCCUAACACUUUAGCCGGCUAUGAUGCAUUUUUGCUCGGAAUCCCCACCCGUUAUGGCAAUUUCCUGCCCAGUGGAAGGCCUUCUGGGAUAAGACAGGCGGCCUUUGGGCCAAGGGUGGCUUCCAUGGAAAGUUGGCUGGCAUUUUUGUCUCCACUGGCACUAUGGGAGGUGGUCCGCGGGGGCUCCCCUUGGGGUGCUGGCACCUUUGCGGCUGCAGACGGCUCUCGGCAGCCUAGUUCCAAGGAGCUGGAGGUCGCCGAGAUUCAGGGCCAAGAAUUCUUCCAGACUACCGCUAAACAUUUCGGUUGA